GUGUUUCAUCGUUUUCGACGUUGUUUGACAUCGUGCUUAUUACUGUUGCCGUAUCGUGGUCCACUGCUGAUUUUCAUAUGUUCUGGUGUCUGCAUAAUUGAUUCUAGGAUGUCGAAAGCUGGUUUGGAGCAGAAAGCCAUGGCCAAGAUACAGGAGUACAUGAUAGAGCAGAAUAGACCUUACAGUGCUACUGAUGUGUUCACAAAUCUCAGACAGGAGUUUGGAAAAACGUUAGUUCUGAAGGUUUUGGAAUCUUCUGUUUCUUCGGGAAUUUUGAAGGACAAAGUGAUAGGAAAGCAGAAAAUUUUUUAUGCAAACCAGGACAAACUUGAAAAAUACGAUGAAGACGCUAUCGCCGAUUGUGAUACAAAAAUAAAUUCCCUCUCGGAAAAAGUAAAGAGUUUGGCUGCAAAGAACAAAGAAAUCCAAAAUGAGCUGCGAGACUUGAGUAAUGUCGAAACAACGGCUGGAUUGCGUACUCUGACAGCUGAGUUGAAGAAAAAUAUUGACAAGAUGAAGGUUCGCAUUGAGAAAUUGGAAACUACCAGAGAUCCAUCGACAGCCGAAGACGGCAAGAGAGCGCUUCAAAUGGAAUCCACGAUCUCCAAGACCGUGCAGAAACGGAAGAGGCUUGAUACUGUGAACGACUUCAAGCAGCGGAAAUUGGAGGCAGAAGCCCAAAAAAAUUGGGACAAGUUCUACCAUAGAAAUCGAGAGAACUUUUUCAAAGGAUCAUGUGCUCGCAAAGGAGCAAGAACGUUAGGGGUCGAAUUGGAGACGUCAAUUGUUGAUCUUUCUAUACCCAUGGAGAAGUCUGAUUUUGCGGAACAGGCUGAUAUUGCAACACUGAUAUUUGUGCUUUCGGCCAUCCAUCCUGAUAAGCAUGGAGAAGCAGUGAGAAAUAUGCGUAAAUAUGUCAAGACCGGCGGUUCUGUUGUGGUGCGGGAUUAUGGUGUUAAUGAUUAUGCAAUGAUUCGAUUCGGACAUGGCGCGAAGCUGGCUGAUCGUUUACGGCGAGGCGGUGGAACUCGGCGUCUAUUUUAUUAG